AUGGUUGUUAGUAUUCGUAACUUCAGUAGGUACUUUGUUUAGUUUGUUUUAACUUUCGUUGUUGUUACCACUUGUAGUGCGCGCCGGCGGGUAAUAAGAUAACCUUACAGUCACCUUUGGUUGCGGUUUUGGUUAGUUUUACACAAAUCCUAGAAACAGUUCGAGAGGCUUAUUUAUUUUAACACAGAUUUAAAGAACAACAAGUCACUAAAAAUGAGUCGAAACUUAAAGGCAAUGAUUGGACCAUCAAUAUUGAACUCAGAUUUAUCAAGAUUAUACGAAGAAUCACAAAAAUUAUUGGACAAUGGAGCUGAUUAUUUACAUUUGGAUGUGAUGGACGGACACUUUGUGCCAAACUUAACGUUGGGGCACCCUGUGGUGAAAUGUCUCCGCAACAAAAUUAAAGAUGUAUUUUUCGAAACACACAUGAUGGUUUCUAAACCCGAGCAGUGGAUUGUUCCUAUGGCUGAUGCCGGAGUAAACCAAUAUACAUUCCACAUUGAACCAGUUGAUAAUGUUGAGGAAGUAUGCAGGAAAAUAAAAGAAAAUGGCAUGAAAGUGGGACUUGCAAUUAAGCCUGGGACACCCGUUGCUGAAGUAGACAAAUACAUUUCAAUAUCGGACAUGGUUCUCAUAAUGACAGUGGAGCCAGGAUUUGGAGGACAGAAAUUUAUGCAAGACCAAAUGACAAAAGUAAAGUACUUAAGAGAUCAGUACCCAUUACUUAACAUCGAAGUGGAUGGUGGAGUGGGCCCUUCGACUAUUAGCUGUUGUGCUGAAGCUGGGGCCAACAUGAUAGUAUCUGGAACUGCUGUAAUAGGGGCUGCAGACCAAGCAGCUACCAUAAGAACUCUUCGAGAUACUGUACAACAAGCUAUCAACAAACGCUAAACAAUACAAGCAAUCUUA